AUGGCCGUGGAUGUUGUCAAGACUCUUGUGGCCGAGAUUCAUUCAGAGCAGCUGGCUGGUAUCGAUUUUUGUCAGCUUCCCGAUGCCCUGGAUGUAGGGAGACAACUGUUCAGGCUCAACUAUCUUAACAACGCGUUGUCGAGCCUAUCGUAUGACGAGCAUGUACAUUCAAGAAACAGCGAUUUCUACUGGGGCAAGAAUAUACCCGAGCUGGAGAAGGUUUUCCUAAUACUGUCAGAGCUCGAUGCAAGACUGGUUCACAUUUUGCCCCUAUGUCCAGAACAAGAGCUGCUCUGCGAGAUUCAGCCUCGCUGCAGAACAGUGCUCGCUCAGUCAUUAGAAUCUUCUCUGGCUCGGAUAUUGCCGAGUCUCGAAAGCCUCGUCCAUCAUAUCGGUGCAUGGGAGUUUGCCAAUCGCGAAAACUCCUUAUUAGCUCUCCAGAAAAGGAUUGUUUCGUUGAUCGUUGAAUGGAGAAGAAUGGAAUUAACCUGCUGGGCGACGCUUCUUGAUUCUGAAGAACGGCCCUCUACUGGUUUCAAUGGUGAAGUGGCUUUAAAGGAGCUGUGCUCUCUCUUGGACGAUUUUCUUACAAACAGUCCCGCAGGACAGUUCGGGGCACGACUGGAUCUCAUUGCUUCGUUUGGCGUCUACCUCAAGCGCAUUGCCCACACGCAGUUCCGAUAUACCGAAGCAGCCGUUCUCGUGGGGUCUCUUGCAGUAUACUACGAGCAGUUUCGCAAUACUGUUCAGGAGUCCCUGCUGAAGGAGAGGAAGCCUUUAGAAGAUGAUAUCCGCAACUUUGUUCAAUUGGCAAGUUGGAAGGAUGUACCCGCUCAGCUUCUUCUUUAUUUCUUGUAUCGUUCACUAUCCAUCGCUCAGGCCGGUAGAGUUCAGCAUCUUCACCAAAAAUAA